ACAGUGAGCGCGCGCGAGGCGGCCAAGUUUGCUGCGCUGGCGGGCGAGUGGUGGGACCCUGCGGGACCCUUUGCGCCGCUGCACGCCAUGAACCCCGUGCGCUGCCGCUUCCUGCGCUCCGCCCUGUGCGUCGCGUUUGGGCGAGACACGGCCCAGCCGCGCCCGCUGGCGGGGCUGCGCCUGCUGGACAUCGGAUGCGGCGGCGGGCUGCUGGCGGAGUCGCUGGCGCGCAUGGGGGCGCACGUGACGGGCAUCGACGUGAACGAGGGCGGCAUCGCCACCGCCCAGGCCCACGCGGCGCUGGACCCAGACCUGGCAGGCUGCCUGCACUACCGCACCGCCUCGGCGGAGCAGCUGGUGGCGGCGGGGGAGUGCUUUGACGCAGUGGUUGCCAGCGAGGUGAUUGAGCACGUGGCCUCGGUGCCCGCCUUCUGCGCGGCGCUGGCGGCACUGACGCGCCCCGGCGGCGGCGUGGCGCUCUCCACCCUGAACCGCACGCCCCGAUCCUACCUGGCCGCCGUGCUGGUUGCCGAGCACGUGCUGCGCUGGGUGCCGCCAGGCACGCACGAGUGGGAGCGCUUUGUGACGCCCCAGGAGCUGGCCAUGCAGAUGGAGGAGAGCGGCGGCGGCGGCGGCGGCGCCCCGCUGCGCCUGCGCCUGCUGGCGGGCAUGGAGUACGACCCGCUGAGCGGGCGGUGGGACCUGGGGCGCGACACCGCCGUCAACUACAUCGCAUUCUUCGACAAGCCGGCGGCG